UGACUCGUGCUGUUGGGAAAGCUUGUGACGCGUUUGGUAGUUCACAGCAGCAGGUCUACGCCUUUCCAGUCCGGCUCCCACGGAAGGAAGGAAGGACGGAAGGACGAAGGAGCAGCGGCCCACGAGGCUGCUUCUAACGUCGCCAGAGGAGCCGGCUUGAGAAAGAGAGAGAGAGAGAAAGAAGCAGCGCCGGGGAGGUGGGCUCCUCUCCUUCGGCCCGGCUGCCCCUUCAGGCGUCUUUCCCGCGCUUUUCCGCUGAGGCGAGGGAGCUUUUCCCCUCAUGGCCGAAGCGAACGGGUCGGUGCCGAGCGGGGGCUCGGGGGAAGGCGAGCGGCCGCCUGAGGAAGAGGUGGAGGAGGAGGAGAAGAAGAAAAAGAAGAAGAAGAAGAAGAAGAAGAAGAAGAAGGGCGAGGAAGAGCUGAAAGUGGUGGUGGUGGGCGACGGGGGCUGCGGGAAAACGUCCCUGCUCUUGGUCUACGCCAAGGGCGCCUUCCCUGAGCAAUAUGCUCCCUCAGUAUUUGAAAAAUACUCCACCAGCGUCACUGUGGGCAAAAAAGAAGUAACCCUACACUUAUACGACACUGCAGGGCAGGAAGAUUACGAUCGCCUACGACCACUUUCAUACCAGAACACCAAUGUGGUUUUAAUUUGUUAUGAUGUCAUGAAUCCUACCAGCUUUGAUAAUGUAUUAAUUAAGUGGUCCCAUGAGGUGAACCAUUUCUGCCGCGGAAUCCCCAUAGUACUUGUGGGCUGCAAAACAGACCUCCGGAAGGACAAAGAACAUCUACGGAAACUCCGCUCAGCGGAGCAAGAGCCAAUCACUUACCGCCAGGGUGAAGAAGCGUGUCGUCAGAUGAAUGCAGACGUUUACCUGGAGUGUUCUGCCAAGUUUCGUGAAAACAUUGAGGCAGUUUUUAAAGAAACCGCUAGCAUUGCUCUGAGUGCAAUGAAAAAGGCCAAACGUCAAACGAAAUCGAGGCCAUGUGCCAUAUUAUGAUCACCUGAACUUUAUACAGACUACAGAAAGUGUCCCCUCAUCUUCCUUCAGUGAUAAGGAUUUUUUUAAAAAAAUAUUUCAAGCAUUUACUUGGAUUUAGCAGGAAAACGAACUUGCUUUUGUACAGCAAUUUCCACUCUUGGUAACCUUCUCAUUUGAAGGUUAAAUGUUUAGCUAGCUGUGUAAUGAGCCUUUCUAUUUCCAAUUGUCUGCAGAAAUGGUUAGGGUCUUUUACUUGCACUUGUGUGUGUGUGGGGGGGGGAGUUUUCUUACUGAAAGUAAGGUAAGGUCUGCAGGACCAGAGCUUUGCCAUUUUAAAAUCCUCGUGUUCUUGCUAUGCUUUCUCCCCCCCCCCCCCCCUUUAAAACUUGAAAUCAUCUGUGGCCCUUUAAGUGAUCACAGUAUUUGCACAUUAAAAAGAGCUCAUUCCCCACCUCUUUUUGCGGCGUUAAAGGCAGAGUCUUAUUUAAAGGGGGCGCAGCCCUUCAAGGGAAAAGAGUAGUAACAAGAUUCCAAGAAUCAAAGUACCUGCGUGGUUGAGUAACGAAUGACUCUCCAUUCCAGUGAAAGGCCUAAGAGCGCCUGAUUCUGUUGCGUGAUUAAUGCUAAACAGCAGUGGACAGAAGAUCUCUGGGGGCCUCUUGCAAUCCGCCCUACGUGAGCCAUUAACGUAGUUAUUGUUUAUUCCACUUCAUCCUGAAUAACUACCUCAAACAAUGCCCUUGUAAAUACAGCCCUGCCUUAACUAGAAAAAGCUGGGUUCCUUAGUCCACCCGUUUGCUUUCAUUUUCUAAAAAGCUGGACUAAAUUGGAUCUUAAAAUAGAAUUUUAUGCAAAGCACAAAAGCACAAGGGCUACCAAAUGACUGUAUUAAUCGGGGGAGGGGGGGUAAGAGAAGUCUCUUUUGUAUUUAAAAAUAGUGUUGUGGAAAUCAAAAGGAAAGAAUAAAGCUGUAAUGACUGUAUCACUUGGAACCCUGGGUGAUAUCAUUGUGCCAGCCAAUUACAUGGGCCAAAAGUCAGUCUCAGAUUAUGACAGAGCUCAUUAAAAGAUUUUAGUCAGCAGAAUUUAGCCAGUUAAAUGUAGUACGGGGAGUAUUUAUGCUUGCUACAUGGGAACGGUCAGCCAACAGAAGGUUGCUUUUCAAACAGAGAACAAAAGACAAACUUCUCAGCCAAAGCCACAGCGGCAUCUUUCCCUGAACCAGCUUCUGUUAGCGAAGGAGCGCCAACAUUUUUCCAUUAAGGGAGUUUUGCCUUCGAUUCCGAUUUCAUCUGUCGUUUGCAGAACACCCAUCCCAAAGGGAACUGUCCCAUUCAUUCAUUCAUGUUUAGACAGAAAAAAAGUACUACAACUCCCAGCAUUCCCCACCCAACAUGCUGGGAGCUGUAGGACCAUUUUCUGUCCAAACCACCAUAGGGCUGCACCCUUAAAUGUUUUCAUGCUUAAAAUCUCAGCAUGCUGCUUUUACUGUAUUCUUAUUCUAAAAUUUUUGUUUUUGAUGUCUAUAAACCUGAUAUCCAGGAAUAAACAACAUAAGAUACAAUACUCCAAUAAGAAAGCAAAAGUAGGGCGUCAGGAAUGUCAUUUCCAAUAGCAGUGUUUUAAUCUGAUGAUCUCCCAGGGUUUUGCCCGCUCUCAGAGGCGUGCCGUGCGCUCUUGUGGAAUGAGCUAGGGAAAUGCCCAGCUGCCUGGACUCUCACCCAACCUUUACACUACCUUCAAAGCCACCUUUAAAAUGCGUUCUAAAAAGGGGGCUGUAUAUAAUUUGACGAUGUGUCACAUAAUCAUAGGGUUGGGAGAGGGAAUCUAUUAACCCCUCUUCAGCUGAGGUGGUUCUUUAUCGGCUAUCUUCUACCUCCUAAGGCUCAAAGGAUUUGAAGACUGAAAAUUAUUGAAACAUCCACUCAACCUUAGUGCCAACAAAGCUAAUGAUGAAUGGUAAUCUGAAGAGGUUUUUUAAUGGGCUUCCCUGCCCCCCUCACACCCCAUAACCUAGUCUAGCUGGUAGAGGUUGCAACGAAGAGGCAAAGUUGCUCCAUUUCCUUCUCCCCAUAUAAACAAGCCCCGUAUCUGCCCCACUGAACAUGUUUUCUAUUGACUGCAAAAGCAGAACAGUCACGGGCUCCAAUUCCAAGCGCUGUCCCCAAACAGCCCCUAUUAGUUUCCAAGAUGGGGGUCUGAAGA